AUGGAAAAAUCAAAUAUCAUUGACACUCCAAUGCCUACUACCGUCAAUCUUGACCGGGAACUUGGUAAGCCGGUUGAUGUAAAAAGGUAUAGAGGUAUGAUCGGAUCCCUUCUUUACCUUAUCGCUUCUCGUCCUGAUAUUAUGUUUAGUGUUUAUAUGUGUGCAAGAUACCAAUCAUGUCCUAAGGAGUCUCCUUUAAAAGCCGUUAAACGCAUACUUAGGUAUCUUUGUGGUACCAUUAAGCAUGGUUUAUGGUUCUCCAAGGGUAGUGAUUGUUCUUUGAUAGGUUAUUCUGACUCCGACUUUGCCGGUUGCAAGUUGGAUAGGAAGAACACUAGUGGUACAUGCCAUUUCUUUUCAAAUUCUUUAGUGAGUUGGCAUAGCAAGAAACAAGUAUCUGUUGCCUUGUCAACCGCCGAAGCGGAAUAUGUGGCUGCCGAAAAAUGA